AUGGUCGCACUUCCUCUAUUCAAGCUAGGGUCUCUCUUCGUGAGGCAUAUCUCUAAGUAUGGUGCAAAUUGGCUUAAGAGGCAGGCCCACGAACACGAGAGAUUCCGAGCUAUAGCGGUCAGAGGUGGACAGGCAAUGCAUCAAUGGAACAUGCGGAUACAAGUGAACCUACUACGGGACAAAGAAGCCGAAAAGAAAGCGAAGGAAAAGGCUGGGACCCCUACUGUGAAGACAGAAGAACAGACCAAGGUGGAAGAGGCUGCAAAGAAGGCACACCAUUACAACCAAGAAAAUAUCAGCGUUUGGAGACGGAGGUUCAGGCCCUUGACGGAAACUAGAGCAGUUGAUCUAUUUGCCGAUGUUGUCGGCGAUACAUUUAUUCUCACUGUCGCAAUAAGCUUAUUAAUGUACGAGUAUAUCAGAGCACAAUCGAAACCCGAUACGAACGCUGAAAAGCUGGCAGAUCUACAAAGGCUCGAGGAAGAAUUAAACUUACGGCAGAAAGAGUUAGAAGAAGCACAGAAAAGGCAACAAGAGCGACUAGAAGUACUAGAACAAGUCUUGGAGGAAAUUAAAAGUGCAAAUGGAAAGAAAAAGCUGGCAUGGAGAUCUUGA